AUGUUUGACAUCCGUUCUUUCGCUCUCGCAUUCCUGCUAGCAUCGCCCAGUCUAGCCGCCGAGGAUCAAUGGCUCAGCCCUGAAUAUCAAGACAUCUUCCAACAUCCCCUUCCGAUACCACCUGUCAAGGCUCCCAAAACGUCCUACAAGAAUGAGACCACGGGACAAGUGAUUGACUACUAUGAGAUUGAGGUCAAGGAGUUCGAGCAGCAAGUGUACCCAGGCCUCCAGCCCGCAAAACUCAUUGGCUACGAUGGCAUGUCUCCUGGUCCGACAUUUCGUGUGGAGAAGGGGCGCGAGAGUGUGGUAAGGUUUAUCAAUAGGAGUCCGAAUGAUUUCUCUGUUCAUCUUCAUGGUUCAUACAGCCGAGCUCCAUUCGACGGCUGGGCUGAAGAUGUAACAAAACCUGGACAAUACAAAGAUUACUAUUACCCUAAUAAACAAAGCGCUCGUACGCUUUGGUAUCACGAUCAUGCUGUUCGCCAUACCGCCGAGAAUGCUUAUUUCGGUCAAGCUGGAUUCUACCUGCUCCAUGAUGCCGCCGAGGACUCCUUGAACCUACCAUCUGGCAAUUAUGACAUCCCACUCGCUAUUUCUGCAAAGCAGUACAACCAAGACGGAACACUGUUCUCUCCAAAGGACGAGCGAUUCUCGCUUUAUGGCGACGUGAUCCACGUCAACGGCCAACCAUGGCCGUAUCUCGAAGUCGAACCUCGCAAGUACCGUCUUAGACUCCUGGACACUUCAAUUAGCCGUGCGUUCAAUUUGUACUUUGAGGUAGAUGACGAUGCGGGGGAAAAGAUCCCAUUCGAAAUCAUUGCCGCUGAUGCUGGACUGAUGACAAAAUCCGUUCAGAGCGAAGAGCUAGCGAUCUCAAUGGCAGAGCGCUGGGAAAUCAUCUUUGACUUCAGCGCAUAUGCUGGAAAGAACAUCACACUGCGGAACAGCCGAAGGGUGCAGGCGGAUGAGGACUAUAAAAGCACAGACAAAGUGAUGCGGUUCGUCGUUGGGCAGAGUGCAACAAGUGAUCAGAAUAAUGGCGAGCUUCCUACUUCGCUACGCACCGUUCCCUUCCCACCCAACAAGAACAGUGUCGAUCGUUCGUUUAGAUUCGACUUCAGGAAUGGAGUGUGGCAGGUCAACGGUGUCACAUUCGCAGAUAUCAACAAUCGUAUCCUCGCUAAGCCAAAGCGCGGUCAGGUGGAGGUCUGGGAAUUUUCCACAGGUGGUGGUUGGUCUCACCCUGUACAUGUCCAUCUUGUCGACUUCCAAGUUCUCUCUCGCAGUGGUGGUCGUGGAGACGUUUUGCCAUAUGAGAAGGAGGCUUUAAAGGAUGUGGUGCUAGUUGGGCAAAGGGAAACCGUCCGAGUGAUUGCGCGAUUCGCACCUUGGGACGGUGUCUAUAUGUUUCACUGCCACAACCUUGUGCACGAAGAUCAUGAUAUGAUGGUAGCGUUUAAUAUUUCUAGUCUCGGAGACUGGGGUUACUCUGAGAAGACUUCGUUUAUCGAUCCUAUGGAUAAAGCUUACCGAUCCAAAGAUGUGAACGACGCCGACUUUCAGGAAAGCGCUAUUCAAGAUCGCCUCAAUGACUACUAUCUUCUCGAUGCUUAUAAAGACCCAGAAAAGGUCGAGGCUGCUUUGGAGUCAUACUGGGCAGCAGGUGGCGCUAGUUAG